GCUGGUGCGAGAACUAGGAAACCCCAAUAUUGUUCAAAUAGCAUGCGGGGACCAGCACGCCAUGGCACUCUCCAGAGGAGGAACGCUCUUCACCUGGGGCCAGAACGCCCACGGACAGCUUGGAGUGGGGAGCCAAACCACGCUCGUGCCCCAACCGCAGCCGGUGGAAAGACUGAAGGGCAUCCCGCUGGCUCAGAUUGCUGCUGGAGGAGCUCACAGCGUCGCCGUGUCGCUCUCUGGGGCUGUGUACUCCUGGGGAAAGAACAAUUUUGGACAGCUGGGACUCGGAGACACAAAAGAGAGGCACUGCCCAUCAUAUGUUGGAGCGUUAGAGCACUGGAAGACCGUAUUCAUCUCGUGUGGGGCAGAUCACACUGCAGCUCUCUCCAAGGAGGGACUGGUGUGCACCUUUGGAGCAGGAGGGGCUGGCCAGCUUGGUCACAACUCCACCCGGGACGAACUCGUGCCUCGUGUGGUGGCCGAGCUGUGGGGAGCAAGAGUUUCGCAGGUUGCUUGCGGCAGACAGCACACCCUGGUCUAUGUCCCCUCCUUGGACAAAGUCUACUCGUUUGGUUGUGUUGAAGAAGGACAGCUGGGAGAUGAGAGGAAGCCCGAUCAGUUGAUACCACUCCCCAUCAAGUCACCAGCGAACGCUGGCAAAUCCUGUCGGGGAAACAACACCUCACAAAAGGUGACUGAAAAUACCGCCGGAGGAAACCGAAGUGUUGUUCUUUGCAAGAACAACAAGAAUUCCUGUUUGAAUGGAAUUGCCACUCUGGAGGAUAAAGAAGUGGAUGCAUGGAUUUCUGAUUCCAGCUCUCAACAUUGGGAGAGUAUAAAAAAGAAUAUCGGACUGAUCUUUUCAUCCGAGGCUUGCAUCAACGGAAGCUUCCUGGAGAAAAGAGACAAACAUUUUAAAACUUCCAAAGAAGUCUCGGGUGUAGACAUGUCAGAAGUGCAACGUUUUUAUGAGAAGAUCAGCAAGAAGGCAAAAGUCUUCCAGGAGGUGCAAAAGGAGAUUGAGAAGUUACUGCCGUCGUUGUCUUCCUCUCCCAUCUCACCUGAAAAUUUCAGAGUCUACUUGAUCUUGCCUUUCCUUCUGCAGCGAGGGGAUGACAGCUCUUACCAUUGUCUUCAGCUUCUAGCAGAAGCCAUCGUGAAGCUCCGGACAAAGGACAUUCAAACUCUUGUAUGCCUGUGGUCAAAUCUAGAAACGUCCUUUUUCAAGGAGCUAGUCGUUCUGUAUCAGAGGGUUUCCCAGAAAAACCUGUCUCAAUUUGUCGUGGAAGUCAGCAGCGGCCAAAGAGACCCCUUCAACCUGCACCCACAUGAAACAGCGACUCUGCAAACCCUGCAGAUUCUUUCCCAGGUGAAUUCCAGAACUGGCUUCAGAGUGCAAGAAAACAACUUCUAUGUGCCUCAAGUGAAACCGAUUAUCAACUGGUGUUGGUUAUGUAGUACAGCACAAAUGGCCCUAUGGAAGCUGACCAAAUAUCCAUGCAUCUUUGAGAUGCAAGACAAGAUCGUCGUUCUUUAUACAGAAUGCAAAACUCUGUCCAGCCUCUUUAGUGAUAUACAAGUGAUGCCGAUGGUCCAGGAUCAUUGGGUUUUUCCAGUCAGAAGACAGUGCCUUCUGCAAGACAUAUGGAGCCAUUUAAAUGAUGCAUCAACCCAGCAGUUCAAGAAGGUCUUAAAGAGGAGACAGCGCUAA